UGGAAAUAUUUAUAUGGCUGUUUAAUUAAAGAGGAGAUCAUUUUUCCAACCGAAGAUCAUCAGCACACGGAAAUUAAUCAGAGCAAAACCUAACGCUGACCUUUUCUUGUUAUGGUCUUUCACCGGAAGCAUCCUUGAAACAGUAAACAGAGGUGCUGGCAGCACAAUGGGGAUCACGAAGCUGGCAGAUUUGAUCCGCUUAGAUGCUCACGAUGCCAUUUCUCAUAAGGAUAUCAGUGACUACACAGGAAAAGUAAUCGCACUGGAUACCUCCAUUGUUGUGAACCAGUUCCGUGCAGCGACACCUGCACUCAGCCCCCUGACAGGUCUCUUCUUCCGCACGCUCACCUUCUUGGAGCAUGGCAUAAAACCGGUCUUUGUGUUUGACGGAAAGCCUCCCGGGGAAAAGGCAGCUGUUCUUGAGAAGCGAGCUGAGACAGCUGGUUGGAGAUUCCCUAACCGCACAGGCAUAGCAUCAUCCCAAACCAAGGAUUGUCUCCAACUCCUGAGGCUUCUCGGUGUACCGUUCAUCCAGGCUCCAGGGGAUGCUGAAGCAAUGUGCGCCUGGCUGGUGAGAGCGGGGACUGUGGAUGCGGUAGCAUCAGAGGACAUGGACUCACUGCCAUUCGGAGCCAAUAUUCUUAUUCGCCAGCUGAACGCCAAGAAGGACAGUGAAGUGAUUGAAUAUUCUUUACCCAAGCUGUUGCAGAAACUCCAAAUUAGUCAUGAGGAGUUUGUUGACCUGUGUAUUUUGUUGGGGUGCGACUACUGUGACAAGAUAGCCGGUUUGGGUCCUAGAAGAGCUCUGACACUGAUCCAGAAGCACCGCACUAUUGAGAAUGUGGUUUUGAAUGUCAACAGAAAGACCCAUCCUGUGCCACUUUUCUGGAAAUACAAAGAAGCACGGAAGUUAUUCUUGGAUGCACCACAGAUUGAAACUCCUGAACUCAUCUGGACUGAGCCAGAUGAAGAAGCCUUGGUUAAGUUUCUCUGCCACGUCAAAUACGUAAAGGAGGAGAGGGUCCGUAGUCGAAUGGAGAAGUUCCGUAAGACACGGGAGGAACGGGAAAAGGAAAAAGCAGCGGGAUGUACUAAGCAAACAAAAAUGGAGGACUUCUUUAGGGUUACCAGAAAGAGGGGGCAGCCUGUGGAAGCUGCAGACUCUUUAAGCAGCAACACAAAGAGACCAAAGUCAAAAUGACGCUGCCGCCGUCUCCUGGUUGUUGUCUCCACCAACAAAGGAAGGAUGUUUUUUUCAUCCAUCUCCCUGUCUGUAUAUCUAAAAAAAAAAUCAUGCACCAAUUUGACAGACAGUACUCAAAUCUGUGAUCACAGUCUCAGAUCUGUGCCAUAAAAUGAUUUUGUUUUUAACACAAGAUCAUGCUACAUUCCUGCGCUGAGAGAAAGUCAGUGGGGCCAAUUUUAGGCUAAACUAAUAAUAUAGAAAUUUCAGUUGUUCCAGAGGCAGCAGCUUUACAUGUUGGAUUAUGGAUUUCCAUUUACAGAGUACUUCCCAAUUGCGUUCUAGUUUUCACCCAAUUUAGAAGAAGCCAAAACAGGCAUUUCGCAAGACACUGACUUCAAGGCUUUGUCUCUGCAUGAGAGCACUACCCCCAAUGACAAUACAAUAAUCUGAUCUUGUCUGAACAGCAGUGUCUGCAACAAUGCAGUACACUGAGGGGUUCUUCAGUGCACCCAGCAGUUUCCUGCAAAGCCACCAAGAAAAGCAGAGCAGGCGGCUGACGGCUAUGAAAGAGAACAGUGUGAUCACUGUCAGGGAGGACUUCCCCCAAGCCAAAACUGGAGACAGGGGAUGUCUCAUCACUAGAUAUUCAAUGAGCACCUGUUGUGUAAAGGAUGCCAAGACAGAGACCAGAGACUUGAAUUUUAACACAUCCACUAAAGUGGAUUAAUGUAUAAAAGAGAUAGUGAGAUGUUUAAAUCCAUGUCUUGUGAAAACAGUAUACACAGACCAAACUCUAUGUUUUAUAUGAAGAUCUCAUGUGAAUGCUGUGUGCUCUAUUGAAGUAAAAUAAUGUUGAAGUUUA